UAUUCCAUGCCUUUUGCAUACUGUUUCUCUUGAUUGUGGGCCUAACCGCUGUAUUUUGUGCUGCAUAACUCCACUCCGCUCGGGCAUCUGCUGCUCCGACCGCCAAUCAGAUCCCCCCGUUUUAUGCUAUGAUUUUCUCUUUGUCUCCAACAUUCUCAGGCUCCAUCUCACUCCAGUCAUCCUCAUCGCAAUGACCUCCUCCGCUCCCCGGUCGUUGACUUGACUCGUUUCUACUUCUUUCACUGCUAAUAUCGGCCGAUCCGCUUCUUCCUGCGACAGUCGAUCGAUCCCAUCGAUCGAUCGAUACCCCAUUGCCCCGCCACGCUCAUCCUCCCCCAGACGUAGCGCCUCAGUCCAUGCCGCGACAUCCUCACCUGGGGGCGUCGCGUCAUGGCGGCCGUCAAUCGGAACAUGUUUGAUACCGCUGUCACAGUCGAUCGGCCGCGCGGAGGCUCGUUGAUGGCCUUACCGUUGAACCUGAUCGCGACGAUCAUCUCCCACGUGGAUGACCAAGGCGACUUGGCUCGUCUCUGCCGAACGUGUCGCGUUCUGAACUACAUGGCCCUCCCCGAACUCUACAGGCACAUGAUCCUCACCUCCUACGACCGCAUCCGAUACCGCGACGAGCAGCCCGAGGGUAUGGGCAGCGCGAGUCCCUUCACGAUGGGACUGAAUGCCGUGAUCACGCGACCGUUCGCCACGCUGGAGCUCGAGGAACACGCGCGCGUCGGUCGGGUGCCGGACGCCUCGAUGCUGUUGAACAUCGCGGUGCGGGCGGCGGUGGAUCGGAUGAAGGACCUCGAGAGCUUCAGCUGGGAGCUGAGCACCAAGAUGCUGGAGACGGUCUACCAGGGUCUGGCGCAGCGGCCGCGUCUCCAGUCGCUGACGCUGCGCUUCCCGUCCAGCCGGCACCCGCGACCGACGAUCGUCAUCCCGGCCAUGCCGCACCUGCGGCACCUGAAGGUGACCGACAUCGACCCGCUCUGCUACCCGGACGAUAUCUCGACGCUGCUGUUCCACUGCCGCAAGCUGCGCGAGCUCAAGAUGCACUGGUCGCCGCGGAUGCGGAACGCGCAGGAGCCCAGUGUCAAGCUGCACGACUACUUCCGCAAGUGCAUCACGGCGCGGCGGCCGCUGGCGUUGAAGAAGCUCGGGCUGCAGAACCUGUACGCGCUGCACAGCGAGGAGUUCAACCUCGCCUUCGACUCCUCCGUCUGCGAGGACGUGACGAUCCUGAGCAACACCGGGUCCGAAAGCCCCUACUUCAUGAACACCUUUGUCGACAGCACCUGGCCCACCGCGCCCCCCAACACCCGGUUCCGCAUCAAGAGUGUGCGGCAAGAUAAUACGUCGCGACGCCACGUCGAAUUCCUCCGCUCCUUCACGGGGCUGGAGCGGCUGUACUUCGUCAGCGCGACGGGCGCCCAGGAUCCCGACCACGUCAACAACCCCCGACGCCCGGCGCGCCUGACAGAGGAGGGGCUGGCCCAGACGGAUGCCAGCUCAAGAUCAUCGGGCUCGGACGCAAGGGGUUCCAGCUGGGCGGGUACUACACGAUCCCCCACCACGCCCGAGGACGGACGGGCGACGACGGAUUCCCCGGACUCUCGUUGGGGUGCCCACCCCGGGGACUCCAAACUCUCCAUUCCGCGUCUGCAGCCCCCGUCGUUGCUGGGCAAACGCCAGCGGGACGACGAGCACGCGUGGGUCGGGGACCCCGCGACGGACGCCGAGUCUCCCUUCAUCUGCAUGCCGCCCAUUCUGCCCACCGCGGACGGGCGAGUAUGGCGGCGGCAGGUGAAGCGGGUGGGAUGGGAGACGCUACGGCGCUGGGAGAUCUGGGGACUCGACACGCAAGAGCUGUGAGGUCGUCUCCCGAUCUGUUCCUGAAUUGCCCCCUUAUUUCGAAAGAACCAUAUGAUUUCCGUGUCCUGUACAUAUAGAGCCGUCGAAUACAUCAGAUACCCGUUGGACACACCAUCCCGACCAAUAUCAAUGGUGGCCUGAGGCAGACAUCGGGCCGAUCCGGUGCAGUCACGGGCUAACCGCAUCCGGUUAGCGCUCUAUCGGGGUUUGCUCGGCAGGAAAACCGGAUGUGGGAAUAACUUCAUC